UCAAUCAAAGCUCAUUUAGUAAGGAGGCACGUGAUUGGUCAAGAAACGUGUGUUGUUGCCAAAAGGAGGAAAUAUCUAUGAGCAACACGACCACCCCGGCAUUCUUAAUGGCCCGCCUCUUAAAUCUUGUGAACCAAUCACAGGAGCCCAUAUUCAAACGGCAUUCGUUUCGCCAGAUAGACAUAGGAACCAACAAAUCACGUGUCAGGUGGGCGUGUCCAAUGACAUAGUUCGGUUGCGCUUCACGGGGCUGAUCAACUUUUACUACCCGAGACGAAGCCUUGUUAUAAGUGGCUAGUUAGCUCGGCCCAAAUAACAACAUUUGAAAGUGUUUUUCAACACAGCUGACUUGUUCGUUACAUAUUUGUAUUCCAAACUCGGGGAGGGGGUCCGCAUUUGCUGGCGUUGCAGUACAUUCCUGAAGUGACGCAGGGAGUACGUAAUCUGCUGCUGUGCUUGCUAGCGAGAGGGCGGAAAGAUAGCCAGCUAGCUCGCUAGCUUGCUAUGCGGCUAGGCUAACUGCCCGGGCUAGCAGCUUGGGAUCUUGCUCUCCACCUGACGCCACUUUUCGUUGACCGUACAAGACUCCCAGCAUGCUGAUGGUGGGAGGCGAUGGACUGCUGCACUAGAAUGAGUGUGAAGGAGCUGUGUGACACAGAUGACCUGGCCACCAGUCUGGUGCUGGACCCUCUUUUGGGCUUCAGCACCCACAAAAUGAACGUCAGCCCCCCUCCGGAGGUGCGGCGCUGGGGUAACCUGAAAGAGACACUGCUGCGGUUCCAGCGCACACAUGACUUCCAGGCCACGUUUGAGGCGCUGACGGUGGGUGAGCUGGCCGGCGACUACUUCAACGCUUUGGGAGGCCAUCGUCAGGAGCUGCUGAGGCAACAUGUGUAUCGCUACUUGGGUGCCUUUCUGCUGGACAGUGGCGUCAAGAUCGAGUCGUGUGACCGAUAUUCCUCAGAGACCAACGGAGCCAAGAUCACGUCCACCAGACACUGGUUUGUCGGCGAGCGGGUAGAGGUCCUCCUGGGCUGCAUAGCUGAGCUGAGCCCGGCCGACAGCGCCGUGCUAAGGGCGGGGGUCAACGACUUCAGCGUGAUGUACUCCACGCGCAAACGUUGUGCCCAGCUGUGGCUUGGCCCCGCCGCCUUCAUCAACCACGACUGCAAGCCAAAUUGCAAGUUUGUCCCUGGUGAGAAAAACGGAGCUUGUGUGGAGGUGAUUCGACCCAUCUCACCCGGGGAGGAGAUCACGUGUUACUAUGGUGCCAGCUUUUUCGGGGAGGGCAAUGAAAUGUGUGAAUGCUGCACCUGCGAGAGGAAAGGGGAGGGUCACUUCAAACACAAAGGGAAGAAGCCCGAAUGUGAGGAAACAAAGGACCCCCUGGGCCAGAAGUACCGCCUCCGAGAGCGAUACCUCCGCCAUCACAGAGAGAAGGGCCACCUAACCAGGCCCAUUAUUGCAGCAUUACACUCAGCUAUCCCCUCAAGGAAUUCCUUUACCCAUCAGAUGAGAAAAAAUGCCCUCAAGAACAGAAAACUGACACAAACUAAGAAGUGGAUGCGACAGCAGCACAUACGCUCCUCUAAUCUCUGCAGUACCAGGAACCAGCGGCGGACACUUCCUCUUCUGUCGCAGUGUGUCAUAAGGGACCUGAGGAUCAGAGUUCGGCGCCACACGCUGGACUUUUUGCUCAUCUGUAAGAACCCAAAAAGCAGAGAGAGAGCCCUUUUGCACCAACUGGAGGUAGUGCAGCCAAAGCCAAGCCCAAACAGCAGCAGUCUAAAGUGUUUGGCUCUCGGUCCCUCCAAGCCACUUCAGAAGAAGAAGAAAGGAAAGGCUGUCCCCUUGAGGAGCUCUUCCCGAGCCAAAAGCACGGAUCAGGCCACACUCGGACAUCAAACAGCGCCCAGUAACUCAGCUUGCCACUCUGUUGACUCAAACCAAAACUCUAGUACUGUAAAGCAGGACACGGUGGAACAAGCAGACCCUGAAAUGAAGACUAACAGUAAGCCUGGCAUCUCCAGUACUAGUCACGUCGUCACCGACAGUAGUAAGACACCUGCAGGCAAUCCAUUAGUAUCACUCAAGCAAUACCUUUCCGUCCGCCUAACAAGGGUAUCAGUGCCUCGCAGAAAAGAGGCUACAAAGCGCUUUGAAGACAAGGACCUCAGAGAAGAGCUGAGAGGAAGGAUGAGGCAGUACCAGGGCCUCAGACCGCUCCCAGCAUCCAAAGCUCAGCUGAAGCAAGAACCGCCGCCAAGCGCCUGCAUCACAGCCGAAGGCAACCGAGGAGUGCGGGAGAUGUUUUUCAAAGCGGUUGAUAAAGUCAACGUACGCAAGCGACACAGUGGCGAGAUGACAGAUGAUUCAUCCCCGUGCAAGGGAAGCGAGAAAAACAAGGUCAUCGAAAUCCAGACGAUGUCUGAAGAAAAAACAUGCAAACGGCAGCAAGUGGACAGAAGUGCAGAACACAAUGAAAAGAGAAAGACUGUCUCUGCUGCUGAAAAAGAGGACAGAAGUGCAGAACACGAGAAGAGAAAGACCGUCUCUGCUGCUGAAAAAGAGGACAGAAGUGCAGAACACGAGAAGAGAAAGACCGUCUCUGCUGCUGAAAAAGAGGACAGAAGUGCAGAACACGAGAAGAGAAAGACCGUCUCUGCUGCUGAAAAAGAUGACAGAAGCGCAGAACACAACAAUAAGAGAAAGAUUAUCGCCGCUACUGAAAAAGAGGAAAUAAGUGCAGAACACAAUGAGAGGAGAAAGAACAUCUCUGCUGCUGAAAAAGAGAAAAGAAAUGCAGAACACAACGAGAAGAGACAGGCCGUCUCUUCUGCUGAAAAAGACAGCAAAUCUGUGUGUAAACUAGUGUCCAAUGGGAAAACUACCAGGCAAAAUAACUUGAAAGAUGAUAAAGUUGAGGAAACACACGACGCUCCUGGUUCACAGCAGUCCGUUUGUACGCCAAACCAGCAAGCAGGGAACAAACCUGUCAACGAUAUCAUCAUAAAGACUGCAAAGGUUCUAUUGUCUGAUAUUUUAAAAAAAGGAAUACCCAAGCAAUUACAGGGUGAUAGUUCUGCCUCGCCCCCCAGAAAAAUCCCAAACCAUGCAGGUAGACGCAGCAUUAGGAGGCGACGGCGGCGGAAGAGCAGAUGGUUGAAAAGAAAAGUUGAACAAAAGCUCAGGGCAGACUCCAGCAGUGCAGACACUGGGUUAGUCGACUCUAGCCAAGAUGGCGCACAAAGUCUGUCGGCAAACCAGCACAGAAUCCUCUGCGCCUCCCGCCUGAACCCACUACCUCCUGAGUCGCACAUUUCAACAAACAGUCUACAGCCUCAAGCCAAUCCUCAGGCGCACAUGCAGUCCAACAUACCUCUGAAGAAACGGACAUUCCGCAGCUCCGUAGAGCCAGAACAAAGUGUGACUUCUGCUCCAGAUGGAGCCCAAAAAGUAGACUCUGCAUUAGACACAAACAAAAGGCAAGACCCGAGCCGGGUUAUAGAACAUAAGAGCACUACUAAACGAGGCAGAAAAAUGAAACUGAGAGCAAAAAUGCAGAGGUUUAAGUGUCGAAGGGUCACAAGACAAAAUUACAACAGUAGAGUGCUUCGGCCAAGAAGUCCUGAAGUGCAGCAAAGGAAAGUUCACAAGUUAAAAUCAGAGACGCGAUGUGCAAAGGACAGCGCUCCCCAUCAAGAGUCUGUUAACCUUGACGGAAACAAUCAAACCGAGGAAGCUAAUAAUCCGGAAAAUAGCUCUCCAGCAGAAGCAAAGAUGGAAACCCUCGAACAAAGCGAUCUGGAGGAGAAAAAGCCGGAACUUAAUUUUAGGAUUCGUUUCAAGCGGAGGAAAGGGAAAGUCUGGGAAAUGCAGAAUGACGGAUUAGGAAACAUGACCUUGAAAAGUGAAAAGAGGGAGGAUUUGGACAACGAUCCACUCAAAGCCAUCAUGGAUUCCGUGUCAGUAUUAAGCAUGGAGAUGCAGGCGGCUCAGGCUCAUGUGCAGGCCAGCAAAAAGUCCAAGAACCGACUGCUGCGCCUGAAGAAAAGAGGUGAGAGAAGAAGUGAGAGGAAGAAUGUCUCUACUGUGGCAAAAUCAGAGCAGGGCUGUGAGGACAAACUCCAAGACGGUAAGGAGAAACCUGAUGAGGAGAUUCUCACAGCAGCCAAUCAGCUGCCAGAAAAAACCCAGAUUGAGACGUCAUCAGCUGUUGUGCAGGAAACUAAAUUUGAAGAUCGAUUCACAAAAAAUUGCUGCUUGUUUGAAAGUGGGUCACAACAGAAACUGGACUCCAAUUUAGACCUGAAUGGUAUUUCUUUGCCUGUUCUUAAGCUUCGGAGAAAGAUCGAGGGCAUCUGGGAGGUGGAAGACACGGACGAUGAGACAAGCCUGCCUGAAGUUAAAAUAGAGGCCAAAGUUAAGAGGGAGUUCAGAGGUCAUCUUUUGGCCAAGCAAAACAAAGGAUUGCUUGAUUUAAGCAAGUCGAGAGAAGAGCUCCUGUCUGCUCAAAAGAAUUUAAACAGUAACCCAUCGCCCCAAAAACCAGACGCACCACAGUUGUCUUUGUCUCUGUCCCCGCUGUCCUUGUCCUCCCCGCUGAAUGUUAACCCCGACAUCGCAUCGCCUGAUGUCAUUCCUGAAAGAACAGACGUGAACAGCGGUGGAAAGAAGCAGCGACACAAAAUGAAGUGUGGGACCGUAGAGACGUCAACAAAUUGCCUCAGUCAAUCCCUCCAGCAGAUUGACAACAGCCUCUCUAAGCUGUCCGAGGGUUUGUGUUCUUCUCAGAUUUUGGAGAAAACUGCUGCCUUUUCCAGCAUUCCCAAUCCCCUCAUCGAGCCCCCUUCCCAGUCUCCUCCAUUCCAGACGGCAGACAACAUGCUUUCAGGCGAGCCCUCUUUCCCAAACUGCUGUGAUGACCUUCUGGACUUCCAGUGUCUCAACUUUGAGGGCUAUUAUCAGCCACAGAACAUUCUGCCGUCAUCUCCAUCCGACCUGUGUUCACUUGAUCCACCCACAGACCCCUUCAGCAGCCCCCUUUCACAUAGCCCCGCCGACACAUGGACCACUGAGACGCCCUACCUCGGCCCCCCUAGUCCAGGAAAUAACUUUACCGGCGAAGAUCUGCAGUUCUUCCCCAGUCUAUUGUCAUCCAAAAAUGAUCCAGUUUCACUGGACUGUGAAGCAAAGGACUUCUCAAAAGACCGAAACACGCCCCAAACUAGCUUCAGUUUUUCCUCCCUAAACCCGGAGCUUGCAGCAAAAGACCGAACUCUAAAUAAAAAUCCAGGAAUCCGCUUGUCCAAAGAGGACUCAAAAAGUAAUUCCUCCUCAGCUGGAGGCAAGCCACGCCUGUCAAGCACAUCUGCCGCUCCGUCUCAAAAUCCUAUUCCUCUUUCAGUUCAACACAGUCUCAACAUGAAGCCUAGCAGCAGCCAAUCAAGAACAACCUCUAACCUCAAAACGCAGGGACCCUUCCAUCGCAUGAGCAUUCCUAACAAGUCCCAGACUUUCCCGAGUUGCCAGACUAAUGCAGUACGAGGUGUGUCCCAGAGUAGCCUGACCAGAUCCAUCCCAGUGUCUCCAAUGGCAAACAAAUUCCUAAAUCCGCAACGCUUAGCUGUAAAGAACCCUAACCCCCCUGACAAUCCGUUCACCUUCCACGAGAAACCCUCCACAGUCAUCCACAGAGUCGUCAAGUUUCAGGGAGGGAACCAGAGCCAGAACUUGUAUAGCGCGCCUCCCAAAGAUCAUGUGGCUGCUGGCGGCCAUCCUGAUUUGUCUAAAACAUUCAGUGCAAAGUCGGGAGAGAGUGAGAGGAGUGAGCAGAGUCAACACAAAGGCUCUUUCGAUUACUCUGUCAACCCCAGCAGGCCUGGUGCUCAUCUAAACAAACAUCAGCCGCUCAAUAGGAGUAGAAUGUCCUCUGACAAACAUGAAGACACAAAUGUGGCAUACAAGAACUUUUCCACAUUGCCACGACCUUUCGUCUUCCCCAGUAAAGACGGGUAUUCCUCCCCGCAGGACAAGAGUUCCAGACACGAUAGAGCCACUCCCCUGGUUUCGGACAAGAACCAGCCGUGUUACACUCAGCAGGACCCUUUUGACUUCACUUUCGGGUCGUCGCUGUCUCCAAUGCCUCAUCACAGCAGCUCUCAAAUGGUCCACGAUACGCCUCCGGGCACGCCAGCGCCAGCAAACAAGAGUCACACAUCAGCUUCCUUCCCUCACAGCUCCCAAGGCCCCCCUUACGUCCUCAACUUCAGUGGAGACCAUUCAUUGACGCUGGGUCUCAGGGACGGGUCUGAAGGCUACCCAGGACUCGGCCCAACAAACUACACCUACCACUGCCUGAUGGAACCUUCCGGCACACAAGGGCGGCUGGUCCUGGAGCCGUGCGGGUCUCAGCCAUCCAACCCGUCUUCCUUUUCCCUGGGUGGGUUUUCAGGACACAAAAGUGGGCCGGAUGAACAUUUUAAGAGGGACGGGCACCAUCAGAACCAGCCGGGCGAUCACCAGGACAUGCCACACUAUGGACCAACAUCUCACUCUAUGGGUUCCACCAAACCGAAGAGAGUGAGGUUAGUCGUGACGGACGGCACCGUGGAUUUGGACCUCCAAUAUUCUGACUGAUUCACAUCUGCUGGAGUCACUGGAGAUGAUUUUGUAAAGCUUUUUCUAAAUUAUAUUUUGAUGGAUUUGUGUAUAGAUUUGUCGAUAUUGAGGAUUGGCAGACGAAGAGAACGCGUGGACGAUAUCUGCGACCACACUUUGGACGUUACGUGUUGACAACACGUUAGCCUCGCCGUGGUGAUCCGAGAGCUGCUGGCUUUGUUGUUUUUUUAAAAAGGCAGCUUUGUGCCUCCGUAUUUCCUAAUCCGACUUUUUCCAAACGGUCUACCCUCGAUUUUAUAGCCACAAUAAUCUUUUUCUCACUUUGUUUGUACGUGUGAGUGUGUCGUAGUAGCGAGCUAACGUGUACCGGUGAGUGGGCUUGCGUCGACGAGCUCAGCACUCACAGCGGACCCCUUGGACCGGGAACGUUAAAGCUGCUGUAUGUCCCUGACUCAACGGUUAGCAUGGGUUACCAAUAGAAUAUACUUUACAAAUACAUUAAUUCGAGCCAAAUAAAAUGACUGUCAAUCGGCUUUCUUGCGCAAGCGCAAAAGAGAUCUUCGAGAAUGAACCGAUUUAAAAAGUAUGCAAUGAUUGUCCGGCACGCACCACCAAUCAGUAUCGUAAUAAAGUACGUAAUGGGCCAGGUCACAAAAGCCGAUCCCCUUCUGGCUGAUACUCUUUUUGUUCUUGGUCCCUCGGCUAGCAGCUAAAUGUAUAUGUCCAUACACAGUGUGGAGCCCCCUAAGUUAAUAAACAUCCAUUACGGCAAAUAAAAUACAUUUCUUCUUAAGUAGUAUUAUCACUGGAGGACGAGGCUGAACAUGUUAAAACACUGACUAAAACAAGCAGGAAAGAAGGUACAUGAAUAUGGCCUGAAAAAUCUGGAUUAUUUUCAUCAAUAUUGAAAUCAGGAUUUUUCAUCACGAUUAUUCAUUGUUUGGUAAAACAUAGUAUUUCCCACGGGUCAGCAAUCUACUUGUGGUGGGGUUGUGAAAUCAUGUAAUUACGUAAUGAAAGUCGUAUGUAAAGGCUAAAGUGUUUUAUAUAUAUAUCGUACAUAUAUAUUUUUUUAAAGAAUUCUUUCUUUGUUAUUUUGAGUGCGAACAUUACCGAUUUUUCUUAUAGUAUAUAGUAUUUUUACGGGGUCAUACGCUUCAUUAAUUGGACUCUCACUUGACCUAAUCAUACAUUUGGUCAUUUGAUCAUUUGUAGUGGGAAACGUGAAUAUUAAAGUAGGGGUUCUUGACAUUCUUAGGGCCCAUUUUUUCCACUACAGAGUGGUCCGUGGCCCACUCAAAUAUUACCACUGAAUAAGUAAUCUUACUCUUGAUUUUAUUCAUUCUGGAAUCAUUUCUAACCUACUUACAGUUUAACAGGGUAAACCUUGUCAAAUGAUAUGCAACUUUAUUUACAAAGAUUAUUAUCUAGGCAGGUCAGGCUGAUUACAAAAUAAAUGCUAAUCAAAUGUACUGUGAAAGAAGGGAUUAAGAAAGACUGAUGAAAAAUAAAUGUACAUCGUACAUAUGACGCACUCCUAAAUACAUUCUAACUAAUGUUAAUGGUAAUAAGUUAUACUUGUAUAACGGUUUUCCUUACCUUCAAGGUACUCAAAGCGCUUUGACACUAUUUCCACAUUCACACACUGAUGGCGGGAGCUGCCAUGCAAGGCCCUAACCACAAGCCUUCAGGAGCUCAAGGACACAGCGGACGUGACGAGGUUGGUAGAAAGUGGGGAUUCAACCAGGAACCCUCAGGUUGCUGGCACGGCCACUCUCCCAACCGCGCCACGCCGUCCUCUAAACUAACUAAAUUAUUAAUAAUAUAUUUGUUAAAUAAAAGUGCAAAUGAAAAAUCAGUUCACCUCUUAAGUCAUAAUUUUUAAUUAUGGUUCAAUUUAAUGUAGAGAUGUCCGAUAAUAUCGGACUGCCGAUAUUAUCGGCGGAUAAAUGCUUUAAAAUGUAAUAUCGGAAAUUAUCUGUCUGUUUCAAAAAGUAAAAUUAUGACUUUUUAAAACGCCGCUGUACGGAGCUGUACACGGACGUAGGGAGAAGUACAGAGCGACAAUAAACCUUAAAGGCACUGCCUUUCCGUGCCUGCCCAAUCACAUAAUAUCUACAGCUUUUCACACACACAAGUGAAUGCAACGCAUACUUGGUCAACAGCCAUACAGGUCACACUGAGGGUAGCCGUAUAAACAACUUUAACACUGUUACAUAUAUGCGCCACACUGUGAACCCACACCAAACAAGAAUGACAAACACAUUUCAGGAGAACAUCCGCAACAUAAACACAACAGAACAAAUACCCAGAACCCCUUGCAGCACUAACUCUUCCGGGACGCUACAAUAUACCCCCCACUUCAACCCCCCCCCCCCCCCAACCCCGCCCAUCUCAACCUCCUCAUGCUCUCUCAGGGAGAGCAUGUCCCAAAUUCCAAGCUGCUGUUUUGAGGCAUGUUAAAAAAAAAAAGCACUUUGUGACUUCAAUAAUAAAUAUGACAGUGCCAUGUUGGUAUUUUUUUCCAUAACUUGAGUUGAUUUAUUUUGGAAAACCUUGUAACAUUGUUUAAUGCAUUAGGCAUAAUAAUGUGUUAAUUCCACGACUGUAUAUAUCGGUAUCAGUUGAUAUCGGAAUCGGUAAUUAAGAGUUGGACAAUAUCGGAUAUCGGCAAAAAAAGCCAUUAUCGGACAUCUUUAUUUAAAACGUGUAAAAGGAAGCACGUUACAGCAGAAAGUAAGCAGUUAUUAACAGGAAAUAUACAAGUAGAUUGGGUGGGCGUGGCUUACAUGGUCGAACCAGGAAGAGGGCGGGGCAUAUUGCUGCUCCUUCAAGGCAGCCACCUGUCCGUUACAUACAGCAGCUUUAAUGCAAACUUACAUUUUAAAGUACGGUAAGAAAAUCCUUCCAUUGAUGAGCUAAAAUAAACGCAAGUUACUUUUCUAAACUUCUUUUUGCACUUCAAGGGUUACAUGUACAGUGUUCUGUUGACUUUUACCACCAACCCCCCCGGCCACGGUGUCAUGUGAUAGCUGUUAUUUUGGGAACAAAUCCCGGCUGGGAUGAUUGUUUUUAUUUCCGAGGUCCGCGCUGUACACGCGAGGCUCGCACACUGUAAAGCAAACGUCCGCGCCUGCAACGCAAGUCCCGACCUGCGGGCGUGGACGCAGGGAGCGCGCAAAGGUGUUCGUACCAGAGUUGAAACGGUGACAAUCUUUUCUGCUUUUCUCAUAAACCACGGCAUCUUUUCUCCCCGCCUUGGGCCCAAACAUCGAGUGUCAUCGGUGUUGAUAUCUCCGCCUUAUACGACAACCAUAACUGUACUUAUUUAUUUCUAUCUCCUCAUCCUUGUGGAAAUGGUGCUUUAACGUAAUUUAUACUUCACAUUGAUUCUUGGAAAGGAUGACAUGUUUUUAAGCUUAUUUAAUGGGACAAAAAUAUUGAACUGAAUAAAUAUAUAGUAUAUACUCAUAUUUAAUUUCUCAUCCACUUUUUCUGUUGUAAAUCUUUAGCCUUUUUUCCCCUACAAACUGACUUGUUAGUCUUAGGUUUGCUGUAGAAAUGUACAAAUGUAGCUUGUAACAUUAAAGACUCUUUUUUUCUA